AUGGAGGGAAGUAAAGUGAAAGAAGACUGGAAAGUUGGCUCUACCUCGGAGACCAUGGAAACCACUAUGGACUACAGCAACUAUUACAUCUAUGAACUCCCCAGUCCUUGCAGCAAAGGAGGAGUGAGGGACUUUGGGAAACUCUUCCUGCCACCAUUAUAUUCCCUGGUGUUCCUAUUUGGUCUGCUUGGCAACCUCAUGGUGGUUUUAGUCCUACUCAAAUACAAGCGGCUUAAGUCUAUGACUGACGUGUACCUUUUCAACCUUGCCAUCUCUGACCUGCUCUUUGUUUUCUCCCUCCCCUUCUGGAUCUACUAUGUUGCUGACCAGUGGGUUUUUGGAACAGCCUUUUGCAAAAUCGUCUCCUAUAUGUAUUUGGUUGGAUUUUACAGUGGCAUAUUCUUCAUCAUGCUCAUGAGUGUAGACAGGUACCUGGCAAUAGUGCAUGCUAUUUUUGCCUUAAGAGCCAGGACUCUGACCUACGGGGUAAUUACAAGUCUGGCGAUAUGGUCAGUGGCCAUCUUAGCCUCACUUCCAGCCCUCUUAUUCAGCACAUCUUACACGGAGAAUAAUAAUACCUACUGCAAAGAGAAUUACCCCGGGAAUUCCACCACAUGGAAGGUUCUGAGCUCUCUAGAAAUUAACAUCUUAGGACUCUUGAUUCCUCUUGGAAUCAUGCUCUUCUGUUACACCAUGAUCAUCAAGACCCUGCACCGUUGUAAAAAUGACAAAAAAAACAAGGCAGUGAAGAUGAUCUUUGUGGUCAUGAUUGUGUUCCUGGUGUUCUGGAUUCCAUACAACAUCGUACUCUUCUUGGAGAUCUUGGUAGAACUGGAAGUCCUCCAGGAUUGCACCUUUGGCAUGCAGCUGGACUACGCACUUCAGGCCACAGAGACCCUGGCUUUUAUUCAUUGCUGCCUCAAUCCAGUUAUCUACUUCUUCCUAGGGGAAAAGUUCCGAAAAUACAUCAAGCAACUCUUCAAAACCUGCAGGGGACCUUUCAGGCUCUGCAGACACUGCAGUUUUCUCCAAGUUUAUGUCUCAGAAACACCCAGUUCAUCUCACACUCAGUCUACUAUGGAUCAUGAAAUCCACGAUGCUUUGUAA